AUGCCGGAGCUGUCUGAUUUCGAGAAGCAGCGUCUUGCGAAUAUCGCAGAGCGCGAUGCAUUGCUCAAGAACCUGCGAUUGGAAGCGCAGUCAGCUGGGAUUUACACCAGUCCGAAGACCACGGGGAGCAAUGGCCCUAAGCCGAAGAAGAAGGCUGCGCCCAAGCGCGUGAAGGAAGAAGAUGAAUCGCCGCUUCCUCGGCGACAAUCAUCCCGUAUCAGGGGUAUUGCAGCCGAGAGUGAGGUUGCAAAGCGCAAAGCCGAGGAUGACUAUGCCGCCGCGAAGGAGGUGGAGCGCGCAAAGAAAAUGCGCCGAACGGACUCGUUCACGCAGAACGAUAUGUUUAUUGCCGGUCAGAAACUUACUGGCGAUAGUCUUAUCGGUGUUGAUGUUGUCACUAAGGGUGUUGCAGAGCCCUAUGUCCGUACGUUUGACGAUGAUGAUAUCAAGAAGACUACGGACAAGGACUUGAAAGCCCUGCGAGAGGAAAUGAACGGUCUAUCACUCUGGGAGGCCUGGGACCCGCAAAGGAUCAAAAUUACGCCCGAGCGCGUCUACACAAUGGCCUUCCACCCCUCCGAAACCAAGCCCAUAAUCUUCGCCGGUGAUAAAAUUGGCCAUCUUGGUAUUUUUGAUGCGUCCCAAGAAAAGCCAGAGGUUGAUGACGAGGACGAGGAUGACGACCCCGACCCGGUUCUCACUACGUUGAAACCACACACUCGUACUAUCUGCAGUAUGAUGAUCCAUCCGUCCAAGCCGACACACCUAUAUACUGCGAGCUACGACAGCUCCAUCCGUGAAAUGGAUCUCGAGAAGACGACAUCUGUCGAGAAAUUUGCCCCGGAAUCUACCAGCGAUGACGAAGCUCUUUCCGGUGUUGAUAUGGCCGCGGACGAUCCAAGUACCCUGUACUUCACCACCUUGGAUGGUGGAUUUGGUCGCUACGACACACGUUCUCCCGUGUCUGAAAAAGCAGUGGCUCAUUGGCAGCUGUCCGAAAAGAAGAUUGGUGGCUUCUCCCUCUGUCCUUCCCAAUCGCAUUACUUUGCUACAGCGAGUCUUGACCGGACCAUGCGACUGUGGGAUCUCCGCAAGUUGUCGCAUAAAGACCCUACACCUGUUGCCAUCCAUGAGAGCCGCCUCUCGGUCUCUCAUGCAGCAUUCAAUGCUGCUGGUCAGAUUGCUACCUCUUCUUAUGACGAUACGCUGAAGCUCUAUGAUCUUGGAGCCAAGGGCUUCUCGUCAUGGAAGCAGGGUCACACCGUCCCAGACGGCGAGUUCAUGCCCGACACCGUAGUUCGACAUAACUGCCAAACUGGUCGUUGGGUGACUAUUCUCCGACCUCAAUGGCAGCUCAACCCCCAGUCGCAUAUCCAGCGAUUCUGCAUUGGCAACAUGAACCGCUUCGUCGAUGUCUACAGCGGUUCGGGUGACCAACUGGCUCAGCUUGGUGGUGAUGGCAUCACUGCAGUCCCUGCGGUAGCCGUGUUCCAUCGUAGCAAGAACUGGGUUGCCGGUGGUACUGCCAGUGGCAAAGUCUGCUUGUGGAUGUAG